AAUGACGUACAAUGACACCGGAAGUACUGUGGUGUUCCCGGAAGCCUCAAGCGACAGGAGCUCAAUGUGACAUUUCAGACCUGUUAUUUGCGAUCUGUUAAAGAGGAAUAACAAUGUUUCUUACUACUGUGAACCUUGCCAAGAGCAAAUCCAAGACAUUGCUGGUUCAAAUGGUGAGUGCUGCUGGCACCGGUUAUUCUUUUAACACCAAAAGAGGACGACUGAGAGAAAAACUGGUUUUGCGGAAGAAUGACCCCAUAGUGAACAAACAUGUCCUGUUCUUUGAAAAGAAGAAGGUACGAUCUCUCUAAAAUGGAAGAGACUCCCACCGAUAGCUGAUAGACACUAUGGAACCUUUAAAGUGGAAUGAAAGAACUGCUACAGAAUGGUAAUGAAUGAAACAACUAUGAAGGAAGAAGUGCUGUGUGGACCACUGGUGUUAUGAUACCAUAAAGGAGAUAUAUAUCCUGUCAGGACAAUGUGCUGUUAAGACCAUUUAGAAAGAAGCGCAUUAUGUUGGAUUUGUUUGGUUGUUUUGCUUCCUUUUUUGUACCAAGUCAACGUUUUGACCUACUGUAAAUAAUCAACCACCUACACAAUGACAGAUUCCUUUAGGCUAAAGGGAAAUGUUUGAAUAAUUACCCUGCAAAAGGUAUUUAAUAAAAAAAAAUGUGAGAACAUGUACAUAAUUGUUAUCAAGUAAAAAAGAGAUGAUGAAAAUGAUGAGAGUUUUUGAUGCAUUGAUUUAU